CCUUCACCGGACAGCAGAAAUGACCAGUACGAACGAACGUGAUCACGACCGGGGAGACAACACCAGCACCACUAAGAUGUUGAAGUGUGUUGUGGUGGGCGAUGGUGCUGUUGGAAAGACCUGUAUGCUGAUGAGCUAUGCAAACGAUGCAUUCCCAGAGGAAUAUGUACCCACCGUUUUCGAUCAUUAUGCAGUAACCGUCACAGUUGGAGGAAAGCAGCGCUUACUUGGUCUCUAUGAUACAGCAGGACAGGAAGACUACAAUCAGCUCAGACCUUUGUCUUAUGCCAACACCGAUGUAUUCUUGAUCUGCUUUUCUGUGGUGAACCCGGCUUCUUUCCACAAUGUCCAGGAAGAAUGGGUGUCUGAACUCAAAGCCUACAUGCCAGAUGUGCCUUAUAUACUUAUAGGAACACAGAUUGACCUUCGAGAUGAUCCAAAAACCUUAACUCGGUUAAUGCAAAUGAAAGAAAAAAUCCUCACAUAUGAACAAGGAGUAAAACUGGCAAAAGAGAUUGGGGCACAGUGCUACUUGGAGUGCUCUGCACUAACCCAGAAAGGCCUAAAAACAGUAUUUGAUGAAGCAAUCCUGACAAUCUUCAGCCCUAAGAAGAAGAAGAAGAAGAGACGCUGUCGGUCUUGUUAUAUUUGCUGUUCAGCUGCAUGACUUUGUUUUACCCACCAGCUCGUGCAGUACUUUUGUUGCACAGGUGCAUUCUGCUGCUUUCUUUCACAGACUGCUUCCACCAGCAACAGAAUCUACUUUCAUGUGCAGUAAUCAGAGGGUAACCUCAACUUUUAAAGUCCUCUCUGGCCAUGGGGUAUAUGAAAGCUACAAGCAAGUUAUUUAUUGCAUUAGUUUCAGUUUACUUCAUGACCUCCUGAAAUUAUUUCCAUGUUAUACCAGAAAACACUAUGCCGGUGUAACAGGACAUUCAUUAUGCAAUUAUAAAUAUCUAGCCUCUGAAAAUCUAAAAAUUAAAAGAAGAUGCUAUCAAAAUGCAAUGUUAAAAACCACUGCAAAGAAGCCAGUUGCAUUCUGGUUCAGUUUUUGUGGCCUUAUUUACUUGUUAAUGAGUAGCACAUGUUUACAUACUUCGGACAGGGCAGGUUAAUACUUUACCUUGUCAGACUUAUUUGCUGUUUUCUUACCUUGCAUACUGGUAGAAGUUUAAAUAGUACACAUUAAUGUCUUUUCCAUAGCCAUCUUAUAGUCCUGUGAAUACACAAAGCACUUACAAAGGAACCGUUCAGCAGUCCACAGAUAAAGACAUGCUGACUACUUUACUACAAGACAGAAUUCCAGAUUAUCCAUGUCAAAAUAUAAAGUUCAGAGGAGCUGGUACCUGUUUCCUGAACAUGAGUUCACUCACUGGAUUGAAGGUAUUCAGAAAAAGUACAUGAAAGGAUGAUGCUACAAGAAACAUAUUGUUUUUACAGUUGUGUUUAUGUAGUAUCAGUUGCAUUUGUUUAGAGCAUUUUUUUCUGACUUGGUAGUGGUAAAAUGCUUGACAAAAUCAAUGUAGUAUGUCAGUAUCCUCUCAUUUUAUCUCCUAAAAUAUUAAUACUUACAUGUUUUCCUAUAAUUAUGUCAUAUGCAAGGUAAGUGUAGCCAUGUAUAUUUUGUAACAGAUUUAUAAGCCCACUGUAAAGAAGUCUGAGUUCCCACUAGGAUUUGUAAUAUCAUUAAAUUUGUCUCUGCUUAUUAAGAAUUCAUAAUGACAGUUUAAUGGUAUAGACGCAUAUAAUUUAUUUUACUGUUCACUGAUGGAACAUUAGUUACUUAUACUUAAUGAAGCUGAAGAACUCACCUUUAAGUUUUUCAUAGCACCUGAAGUAGUUCUGCGUCCACUUAAUUUCUUACCUUACUUGAAUAAUUUUAUUACCAUUUGUACUGCCUUCAGUAUUUACAAUCCACUCUUUGACAAAGCCAUAGUCAUAGUUAUAUUUUUGGAGAUAUAUAAUUUUUUAUCUCUGCAAAUUAAUUAGGGGAAGAGUUCUUAGCUGAAACAUUUUUCUUAUAGUUUUGAGAAAUAAAUGUUUAAGAAAUUGUGAGCAUAAGCAGAGCCAUAUGUAGGGGGGGGAGUGAAUGGGGUGGCCACCUCAGGUAUAAGUUUUUAGUGAGUUGCCACUGGGGCACAAGUUGAGUACUGGCAUUCAUUUAAAAAAACAGAGGUGAUAUCACAGCAUUUUAAAUUAAUGUGUUUAGUCCUGAACAAAAAUUUUUGCAGGCUCUUUGUACAGUUACUAACACACUGUGCUACAGCAUGUCAGUGUAACUGUAGCAAGGAGCUUCAGAGUGAGUUUGUUGUUUAUUUUAUUAUUGUUAUUAUUUCUGAUCCACAACUAUUUUUAAAAUGGGUCAUCAAGUUUGGGUUACUUCAGGUAGAGAGAGAGCUCCAGUUCUGGGGAGUGCCCAGAGUACACAAUGACCUAGCUACAGCUCUGUGCAUAGGGCUAUAAUAUUGAUGAUUUGAAAUGAUCCAUGCUAAGUUAUUAAUAUAAAAUAGAUUUUUUUAAAGAACAAGCCCCCAUUUGUCACUCAACAUUCCAAACAUUAGAGUUAACGGAAGAGCCCAGUGAAAUACAAGUACACCUAUUUACAGCAUAAAAUCUAUGAGCCAUAAUUGAAAAGUUUUCCUCAGGGCCCCACAGCAGAUUUCUUCCAUGAAUCUUUGGAAAUGUCACAGCUUCAGCCAUCUUCAUCAAGUUUCACUUGGCUUGACUCACUAACUGUACUGCAAAGCAGGGUAAACAAUAUUGGAAAUGACUUUUGAAAACCCAAACUGGAGGGGAACAUCUGCAAAGUCAACACAGCAGGACAGACUAUAGCACCAAGGACAAAAGUGAAAUGCGGGACUGAGAGCUAUAAAUGUUUUGGAGCAGGAUUAAUGAUCCCAGUCCUACUGAGUCAUUUAUCCUGCAACCUCUUUGACUUCUUAGUAAGAUCUAUUGUUAAAAACACGCAUUUGGCAGUGCAGUGUAGUUAAAUAACAUUAUGGUGAAGUGUGUGUGUGUGUGUAUCUAUCCAUGUGUACAUGUACAUGUCAGUCCCUGCAUGCAUAUAUAUAUAUAUAUAUAUAUAUAUAUAUAUAUAUAUAUAUAUAUAUAUAUAUAUAUAUACGGUUUACCUUUAUAACAGCGAUCUCAAAAAGGUUGACCAUGUUUCUGCGAACUCUGGAAUGCGAACGUCCCAAAUGACAAAAACCACAUAUGCGAACGGCUAAAUCUCGCCCCCUUUUGACCCAUGGUAGCACUGGUGUAGAGGUGUGGAGUGGCUGGAAACAUCAAAAUUCAACAUUAAUUCGACAUUUGAGACAUGUUGCGGAUUCGAAUUCGCUGAAAACGGGUCAACGAAGUGGUAGGUCGAUCAUAUG